AUGUCUACCUCUCUAACGCAUCUCCUCCCUCCUACACCGGCUCAACCCUCCAGCAAAGCCCGGCUACUCACGCCAACCACCCAUCCCAUCCCUGUGCUCUCCUCCUCACUCGCGAGACGCUUCAGCUACAUCCACACCGCUCUGGUUCCAUUAUAUUACUACCUCCGCGCGUCGGCACUUGUCGCCGAUCCCUCCAACACUUUACUGAGCGACCUGGGCGUUGUUGCUACGUUACAAUGCCUAUUCUGUGCGAUCUGCUUACCACCGGCCGGGUCCUGGGUGUCGGGUACACCAGGUGGCCCUAUUGUUGAGGGCACGGCAAGUUCAGCAGCACAGAAGAGCCCAAAGAGUCCUAAGCUGUCUGGAGCCGGGGGAGCUGGGAGCCUGCGGAAGAAAACCCUCGGAGCAGGUAUCGGCAAAAGCCAUGGUCAUGGUGCUGGGAAGGGAGGUGCAGGAGCGGCAGCCGGAGAAGGGGGCUGGGGUGCGAGGAUCAUGCCCACAUUCUUCUCCCUGAUCCUAACGCUCACUCUCCCACCUCUCCCGCUCGGCUUAAUCGCCCUCGUCCUCGGCGCGCCAUUGUACCCGACCUCGCUGCUCCCCCUCACACUCCUCCUCUCAGUGCACGUCUCGCUGCUCGGCUUCCUGCCACUGUUCUACACCCACGGCGUCUCCUCCCUCGCCUGGCGCGACGUCGCGGCCGCGUGGCUCCCGUUCGACUCAGCAGGUGUAUGGGGAGCAACCGUGGGAAGCUUUGUGGGCGGAUGGGUGGGCGCCAUUCCGAUGGCGCUGGACUGGGACCGCGAGUGGCAGAAAUGGCCUUGCACGGUUAUUUGGGGCGUGGUUAUGGGGUGGACGAUUGGUAGGGCUAUUACAAAUGGAUUGGGAUGGGGCGUCGGGAAGAGAAUCGAUUUGAGCGAGAAGGAGGAACCUGAACCGGCUUCAGAGGAGAAUAUCAAGCGGGAACUGGACAAGACGGAGUGA